CCUGUGUUUGUUACAAGUUUCCCAUUGCUAGAAGGCAGAGCUGCAGAUAGAAGGGCAGUGUGUGUGUGUGAGUGAGUGUGCCAGUGUGUGUGAUAGGAGUGUGCAUGGGUGAGGGGAGAAAGCCAUGGGUAGCUUUGCACUACACUCAGGGCAGGAGAGGCACCUACCAUGAGCUGAGGCCGGGGCUCCUGCCCUCCGUACACAAAACCCACCCUUUACAGAGCUCAGAAACUUGGUUGCUUCUUCUAUUUUUCAAAAACUAACAGAACUUUUUUUUUUAUGCAUUUUUUUUUUGCAAUUUUUUUUUAAGUAAAAAAAAAAAAUUUUGGAUCUCACUUCAGUGUGUCUGCAGAUUUGCAUGUGUGUGUGCGUGUAUGUUGUGUAAAUGAGUCUUUAACCUAAUCCUGGUCCUCCGGAUUUGUACAAUGCUGAAGGUUCUAACUAAGAAGCUGAGGAACCACAGUUUGAGUGAGAUUCAGCCCUAUCAACUAAAGAUUUCAUACCCCCCGAGUGAUGAGGACGAUAGUGAAGAUUCUGAAGGAGAAAAUCAGGAACUUGCACAAAUUGACAAAGAGAGAAGACGGAAUUGUAUUCUGACCCCUUUAGCAACAAACCAGCUGCAGAACCAAGAGAACCAGUGCUGCAAAGUGAGGUCCCUCUUCCACCCCGGCCUGGACCGACACAGCUCGGAGGAGGAGCUGGAACGCAUCAGUCGGGAGUUUGCGGCGGAGAAACGCAAGUGGUCACAAGUCAGCCGGCUGAGCUGCCACAGCGACAACACGUCAUCCAGCGACGAGGAGGUGAAACAUUUGUGCGCAAUGUCCUUCAGGCCUGUUGAGCAGGCUGACGGCCUCCACGGAAUUCCCAGCCCCGUCCUGUUUAGUGCCUCCCCUCCUAAAAGACUGCAGCCCCUAACUCGGAACCCGGGGUCUCGACCUCUUAUAUUCUCUAGUAUGGGCUCCACUUUUGACCAAGGAAUGCCCUGUAAAAGACACAGACAAGGUUUCGGAGACAAGAACAGCAGACCCAGCCUGGACUUGGAAAAGAUGCAACAGAAAAUGCUGCUUAAGAAGAACUGUGGAUCAAAGACUAGAGUCAUUAAAAUACGAACGAUCACUGGUGGCCGCCAAGCCCCACAUUACGUCUAUGACCCAGGAAUGUUUGCCUUUCGCUCCCUCAGCACUGUAAAGCCUAUCAGCCCAAUAGUUCCUGUUGAAGAACCAUCAUGUGCCUACUAAAAUAAAAGCUCUGGAAAUAAUCUCAGGACCCUCACCGAUAGAAGAGCCUUCAGCAGCACAACUGUCACUAAGAAGCAAUAAAUCCUUAUUUUCAGGAGAUCCUUAUUCUAUGCUAUUAAUCUGGCACCAGCACUGAUACUGUGUCAGGUGGGAAGUAAGGCGGCCAAGGUGGACUUUUGAAGACGAGAAAGGAGAAUGUGGUGGAUUUGUAAAGGGAACGGUGGAGUUCUGUAGGACUCGGCAGUAGCUUUAUAUCUUGAGUAGAGUAGAUCAAGGACUCGUGUUAGAUUCUAGUUAUUGAUAGUGUUGGCUUUUGAAGUUUUGGGCAACAAAAGGAACUGGAAGAGGAAGAUGUCAGUGUCUGUAUUGCAUCUUCUUAAUCAAGUGGAAGAGAAAGGAAUGGUGAAUAUUAUACAAUAUGAACCUCAGCCGGGACCAUGGUCAAGAGAUGGAAAGCAAAGAUCCCGUCCAUCGCCUCUGCAAUAUCGAUGCCUGUAUGUGUAUUAGACUAGAGUUGUCUAACUCUGGAAUUUUAUAGCAAAUGAUGCGUUUUCGUUCCAAAGGAUUGUUUCAUGAAUGUGCUACGUGACUGGACAUGCAUUUUAGCCAAAAAAGGUCUCUGCUUUUGUUGUAAUGAGCACAGUAAGCCUGAAGUUGGUGCAAUCGCCUGUUUGUGGCAUAAUUAUAUCUUAGAGAUAUUAAGUGUCUUCUUUGUAAUGUGUGAUAACGCAACGUUAUUACAUGAUAAAACAUGGAAAUUGUGGCUAAGUUCUUACCCAAGGCUCUGAUCAGCCUUUUAACCGUUUCCUAUCAUAGAUAAGAUAACUUCAUGAAAGUACAGCGUUUUAGAAGAACCUUAGAAUACUUAAAAUAGAAAUAGGCCAACUUUCUGUGGAAGACCCAGCCGCGGGCACUAACUCUGUCUGUUGUCUGGUUAUGGAUAGUAGGUGUUUGCAAAUCUGCUAAGCAACAUGGGAAGACUAUGGACCCCAAGGAAUUUGUUGACAAAGCUUCUAAAGGGGAUUAAGUGUAGUUGUUGCUCGUAUCAACCAAUGAGAUUCUAGCUAACAUUUAUCUAGUACAGUCUAUAAAAUGUCAGCUAGAAUCUGAUUGUUUGCUCAAGGAAACACCCCCACCUGUCCUCUUUAGAAGGUUUGAUAAAUCUCCCCCUUUGAGUUAAGAGCCAAUCAAUUUAAUUAAACUGUAUUUGCAGUUUAAAAGUUUCUACCUUGGCAGGACCAUGUUGUGCGGUCGCAGGUUGAAUCAUUAUAGCUGCUUUUCUGGGUGGCAGAUGCGGGAAGUGCAGACGCGUGGCGUCGCCCCAUCUCCUAUAUGCUGCAAUGGCGACAUUGCGCAGUGGUGGGGAGGGGCUAUGAUGACUAUCAUCAAGCACCAGAAUCAUCCGCUUCACUGGGGAAGUGGGCGAGAUCCAAGUGGCUGGUAUACUCACAAAUUGUCGCCGUUCAGCUGAGUUGGCUCCUAACUCUAAAGGGGAGAUGUAUCAAUCCUUGGAGAGAGAUUAAGUGAAGAAGUUGCCCAUAGCAACUACUGUAAUCCGUUUCUAGCGAUCAUUCAUUUAACAGUCGAUUAUAGAAGGUGGUAGGUUGCUAUGGCAACUUCUCCACUUUCUCUCUCUCCAAGGCUUGAUACACCUUUCCCUAAAUGUGGCCCUGUAAUGCUAUCACAUGCUCUUUUAGAGUAUACGUCAGGCUGUCGUCAUGGGUUAUUCCUGCUUAUUCAGCAAUUCUAGAUGUAUCGCCUGUAUGUUCAGAUCUCCUAUGUGAAUUGCUUAUUUUUAUAGGAAGGAUCAGUCAGCCUUAUGGUAGGGACAAGGUUUGAAUAGCUUUAAUUUAAAGCUGUUGGGUGGGCUACUGCCACGGGGCAAACGUGGGGUGUCUGGGGUAAGAAUAAGUGCCGGUCACUGUGUAUCCCAGAUCGUAUCCCCCAGUUUACCAUGGCAUCAGAGGUUAUAGCACUGUGUCCUAUUGAGUAAGACAACUCAUUUGUUCCAAUGCUUUAUUCACACUGGAAAAGUCUCCAAAAAGACCAAGAUGAUUGGAUGUUAGAACCCUCAAUACUAGUGUUAGUGUAUUAAAGGUAUUUGCACUCCAACGAGUUUCAGUUUUAACGAGGGGAUCCAUUGCAGAGCACUUUACAUAGACAUCCCGGGGGGGCGAUUUAUUAAAGCUGGAGAGAUACAAAGUGGACAGAGAUAAAGUACCAGCCAAUCAGCUCCUAGCUGUUUUCAAACACAGCCUGUAACCUGGCAGUUGGGAGCUGAUUGGCUGACACUUUAUCUCUCUCGCCAACCUUUGAUAAAUAUCCCCUUGUGUCUGUAGGAGAGGUGAUUCCUAGGGAUGGGAUAGGCUGAAUAUUGCUUCAUUGCAGAAUAUUGUCCUCCGCUGCGUGUUGCACUGUACCGGAUCAUAGUUUCGUCAGGAGCGACAUCUCGUUGUCAGCGUCAUGUUAGGAUUUGCUGAAUGAGCAGUAAUAAGCCAGUGGACACAGGUGCCUGGACUUCUUUCCAUGAUCACUUACAGUACAUGUAAGCUUCUACAAUGGGCCAGAAAUAAUCCCUGACGUUGGUCGGAACGUUCUGAGCAGUGGAUGAAUGACUGGUGGCACGCACUCUUGAUAGCCGCAAAACUAUUUUUGUACACAUAUUUUUGUAAUACAGGUGUGUUUGUUGUUUUUACUUAUUAGAGCUUUUUUUUAGUCUAACAGCUACUAAAACCAUAGGUAACCACUUCUUCUGUCUGAAAGGCUUCAAUGAAACGCAACGAGGGUCUCCUGAGGCAUCAUCUACCUUACCGCCUUUUGAGAACGAUUCUUGUUAUUGUUUAAAAAAAAAACAUGAAGUGCCACUUACUGUGCCCACGGGUAUACAAGUGGUCAUAGAGCACUAUACAUGCGCUUGUGAGUAUGGAGACACGAGUGCCGAUAUUAUACUGGCAGGCGCCAUGCGUUGUGUAUCAGCUUGUGUUAACGUGUGGCGAGAUUUGGUUGGAUGGGCUGAACGAGGUCUCCAGCGAGCGUAAGCCUUGUUGGCUAAAAUUAUAGUCAUACGGAAAGUCAAUGGCCGGAUUGGUGGCACUACUAUGUGGAUUACCGUGAACGUGUCAAUGUACCCAGGUAAGCAACAGAGACUUGCUAUACGAAUGUGUAUGAGAACAGAGCAAAUAAAGCUUGAGUCUGUA